AUGACCCACCAACGUAAAAAUCACCCACUACUGAAAAUCGCCAACAACGCACUAAUUGACCUCCCCGCCCCAGCCAGCAUUUCCGCCUGAUGAAAUUUUGGGUCAUUACUAGGACUAUGUCUUAUUAUUCAGAUCUUAACAGGCCUUUUCCUUGCUAUACACUAUACCUCUGAUAUCACUAUAGCCUUUUCAUCAAUUACCCACAUCUGCCGUGAUGUAAACUAUGGCUGAUUCAUUCGAAACAUGCAUGCCAAUGGGGCAUCUUUCUUUUUUAUCUGUAUCUAUUUACAUAUUGGUCGAGGAUUAUAUUAUGGUUCAUACACAAAUAAAGAAGUAUGAAACGUAGGUGUUUUACUACUCCUACUCACCAUGAUAACAGCCUUCGUAGGAUAUGUUUUGCCUUGAGGACAAAUAUCUUUUUGAGGUGCUACUGUUAUUACCAACUUACUAUCUGCCAUCCCCUACGUAGGGGACACCCUCGUCCAAUGAAUUUGAGGGGGAUUUUCAGUUGACAACGCCACCCUAACACGAUUCUUCGCCUUUCAUUUUUUAUUCCCCUUUAUUAUCGCAGCUCUAACAAUAAUCCACUUACUUUUUUUACAUGAAACAGGUUCAAAUAACCCAAUAGGUUUAAACUCUAACGUAGAUAAAGUCACCUUUCACCCCUACUUCUCAUAUAAAGAUUUGUUAGGAUUUACAAUUCUAUUAAUUACACUACUCUCCUUGUCACUAUUUUCACCAAAUUUACUAGGUGACCCAGACAAUUUUACCCCUGCCAACCCCUUAGUUACCCCACCACACAUUAAACCUGAAUGAUAUUUCUUAUUCGCUUAUGCCAUUCUUCGCUCAAUCCCUAAUAAACUAGGAGGAGUUCUAGCCCUGUUAGCCUCAAUCUUAGUCCUUAUAUUAGUACCAAUUUUACACACAUCUAAACAACGAAGCCUAACUUUCCGUCCCCUUUCACAAUUUUUAUUUUGAAUUCUAAUUGCAGAUGUAAUAAUUCUCACUUGAAUUGGAGGAAUGCCAGUAGAAAACCCCUACAUCAUUAUUGGACAAAUAGCAUCUUUCCUUUAUUUUUCUCUAUUUCUAGUACUUAUACCUAUAGCAGGACUUCUAGAAGAUGAAAUUGUUUUCAAGCACAUUACCU